AUGCCAGUAUUACGUUCAUAUUUUUGUCGACAAUCAUCAACAGCAGUUUGUAUCGUUUCAUGUCCAGAACGAAAAGAUAAAUUAACGGGUUCUUGUCAAAUAAAAGCCCAUGAGUUUUACUCUUCAUCAAAAGAAGAAACAAUUCCCACAAGAAUCAAACAACGUAUUACAAAAGCUUGCACUGAGUUCUGUGCUCUAGAUGGUCGAGCGUUUGAUUUGAUAACCGGUAAUGAGUUUCAGAACCUUACAAAAGUUUUAUGCGAUGCUGGUCGUUCAUUAUAUAAAUCAUUAUUCAAAAUCAAUGAUCAUCUUCCACAUUCAUCGACAGCAGGGAUGAUAUGCAAAGAUGAAUUAAUCGAAUUAUUCAAUAUUUAUUAA